GAUGGAGCCUGGAGUUUCAGGCCAUUUGUUCUCCUUUCCAUGCCAAUACCAUCUGGUUUGACUUUGCUGGGUAAGGGGUGUCAGCAAGUCAGAUUCUGCUUUCCAAACUCAAAGAUAAUGCCUGUUCUUCCUUCCCUACCCAGCCUCUGUCUGGCUUUCUUUUUCUUCUCCCCCUUUCCUUCUCCAUCAUUUCCCUUCCUUUUAUUUCCAGUUUCCCCUUUUUCCUUUCCUUUUCUGCUUCUCUUCAGGGAAGAAGAGGGGAGCACUCUCCCCCUUAUGACAAGUUACUUUUUCAAGUGGCUGGGAUUCAGCACAUCCCUCUCAAAGCUUCCUGUCAGCACUAUCAGUUCUCAUCCUUCCUGCCUUUGUUGGCUCCUGGAAGCACUUCUACCUUUCUAAUCCAAGGACCCUCUGUUGCUGCUGGCCAAGCCUUGGGAGUUAAUAAUUACAAAGACUAAUUACAUCUGGUGCUGCUUUGCAGAGCUGAAGAUCUUUCCCCUCCUCCCAAAAGUUCUCUGAAGAUAGCAAAGGUUGCAGCCAGAGACACAAACAUCCCAGACACUCCGUUCCCAGACUUCAGAGCACGGGCUUGGCCUGUGCUGUCCCUGUGGAUCCCAGCCAUGAGGCAGGGCAGGGCUGGAGGUGACACAGACACCUAGGAGAUGCUGGGACAGAGAAUUGCUCCCUGUGUGGUAUCCACAGAAAAAUCCUGCAGUGGACACCAGGAUCACCAUGUCUGACUCUCCUGCCUCCGGUGCUGGGUCUGUCCCAGUGGCAGAUGAUGGACAAGCUGAGAGCAGGGAGGGAGCUGUCACUGUGUGUGAAGGCUCCAAAGGAGAACGGCUGCCUGGAGGGAAGCCCAGGGCAAUGGCAAGCCAGGUCAGUCUUGAGGAAGAGAGCCAGAAUCCACCCUCUGUGGGACACUGGAAGCCCCUGAUGCCAUCCAAAGGUGACAAGGAGGAGGCAGAGAGUGGAUGCCAGGAUGCUGGAGGUGUGCAUGAACCCCAGUCCACAGAGCAGCUCAACGUGUCCCGGCUGCGCAGCUCCUCGGUGGAGAUCCGGGAAAAGGGCUCGGAGUUCCUGAGGGAUGAGCUGCACAAAGCACAGAAGGAGCUGAAGCUCAAGGACAAAGAAUGUGAGAGAUUGUCAAAAGUCAGGGAACAGCUGGAACAGGAACUGGAGGAGUUAACAGCCAGCCUGUUUGAGGAAGCCCACAAGAUGGUGAGAGAAGCCAACACCAAACAGGCUGCGGCAGAGAAACAGCUCAGGGAGGCCCGGGGCAAGAUUGACAUGCUGCAGGCAGAGGUGACAGCCCUGAAGACGCUGGUGAUCACAUCCACGCCAUCCUCCCCGAACCGAGAGCUGCACCCUCAGCUGCAGAGCCCUUCCAAAGCUGGCUUCAGGAAGGGCCACGGGCGGAACAAGAGCACCAGCAGUGCCAUGGUGUCAGCUGCCAGCCAGAGCGUGGCUCCAGAGCCUGUCAGCCGGGAGUGCAGAGAGUCUGGUUUCCCUGCUCUCCUCUCCCUGCUCCUUUGCAUCCUCCCUGGGAAGGCUAUCCACAUCACCUAUGAGCCAGGCUGGCAGGCCUUGGGAGCAGAUGCUUCCUCCUUCUCCUCUUCCUCACGGCAGGUCGACUCCAUUUUAUUUGCCGAGUUCCAGGCCUGGAAGGAAUCUCCAACUUUGGACAAAUCCUGCUCCUUCCUGGACAGAAUUUACCGAGAAGAUGUAGGACCUUGUCUGGACUUCACCAAGCAGGAGCUGUCGGAGCUGGUGCGAGUGGCAGUGGAGCAGAACACCCUCACCAUCGAGCCAGUGGCUUCCCAGACUGUUCCUGUGGGGAAGGUGGCAGCAGAAGAGUGUGGUGGCCCCAAGAAAUGUGCUCUGAGCGGCCUCCCCAGGACCUGCAAGCACCGGAUCAUGCUGGGGGAUUCUGGGAAUUACUACUACAUUUCCCCUUCCUGCAGGGCCAGGAUCACAGCAGUGUGCAACUUCUUCACCUACAUCCGCUAUAUCCAGCAAGGCCUGGUGAGGCAGGAUGUGGAGCUGAUGUACUGGGAGGUCAUGCGGCUCCGGAGGGAGAUGUCUCUGGCCAAACUUGGAUUUUAUCCCAGCGAGAUGUAAGCAGAGCCCUGAGCAUGGAGGAAACUACUCCUGGAGGAAGGGCUUGGAGUGCAGUGCCUGUCCUGCUCCCUCCCUUCCCUCUGCCUGGAGCAAGGAAUGAGAGGCACAAGUUUCACCUUCAGCUGUCCCACUCCUCCAAGUGUGACUGGAAUGCAGCUGCCACGCUGCCCCUGGAGCUGGGCUGGCCCUGGCUGCUCCAGGAUGGCCAUCCAUGGACUCUGGAGUCUCCUAUAUGCAGUGUAUAUCCAUUUUUUUUAACCUUUUGUUUUUAUAUGCAGCCUGCUUUGGCAUAACCCGGGGCCAGGCCUGUGCAGGGUGGGAAUUCUGGACCUUCCUUGUGAGCCAGCCUGUCAGGACAGAUGCUGGCUGUCUGUUCCACUCGUUUUUUUGGGAUGGAGGGGGUGCUGUCCCUGAGGUCCUGCUGACCACAGCAGCCCUGAAAAUGCCAGCAGAGCACAAUAAUCUUGGACAGUUUGUUUCCAAGUACUUCCUUGUUCCUUUUCAAGGAGCCUGCGAGAGAAUCUUGUUGCCAGCAGAGUCACAAAGAGGGAUUUGUUCCUGUUUUUAGCUGCAUGUUUGGCACUGGGUUGUGCAGGCUGGGGAAUGGCUGGAGCUGUGCACCUGGGGCCUCCAGCAGAAGAAAGGGAGCAGGGAAAUUCCCUAGCUCCCUGCAAGCUGCAGGAUUUUUUCCCCUGGACUAGGGAAUCUGCUGGAGUAGUCAGAGGCAGAUGCAGGACCCUGUGACAGUCCCUCAUGAUGCUCCUAAACACAAACCUCACCCACAAACAAGACUUGGAGCUGUUCCUGCUCUUGAGGGGGCUUUGAGCAGUCCUGUUCCCACUCUUCAGGCAGAACUCUUGCCCCAGGUUGGGUUCUUUGUGUCUCCAGGAGGAGCAUGCCCAGGAUGGGCAGCCCCAAGGCCCAGAGAUUCCUUCCCAGUGUUACAUCAGACCUGGAGAUGCCUGUCCACUGGGAAUCACAACUUUUCCUGGGCUGCCAUUCCCUGGUGAGGGAAUCUGAGACCUCUUUGUGUGCACAUGAGGAAUGUGGCUGAGGUUCCUGCCUGCCUCAAAAUGUGCUGGGAGGGAGGGAGGCAUGUCACUGGAGCUGUAGGGAUGCACAGGCCUGACACAUCCUAAGCCCAGACCCAGGUUGAUUAAAGCCAUGACAGUAUUUUGUAGCCUUUUUUCAGUGACUCUGGAAUCAGCUCAGCCAUCACCCACUCUGGGGUUUCCAUUUCUGACAGGGUUGUCACCCUGUCCCUCUGCCACCCUCAGCAAGCUGGUGCCCAUCCUCAGCUCUAUUAUUCCAUCCUCUCCUGAAGGAUAUUACAGUAGGAACUUGAUUUUCUUCCACUGAGCUGCUGGAUUUUAUCUAGGGGAGAGAGAAAUAACACAGCUCUGGUUUUCCCAGCUGUGGAUUUCAGCUCAGGUGAAUUCCACCCCUGGAAUUUCUCCCUGCUUCUCUUCCCCCAGCCUUUCUAUCUUUCCAUGUCUUCCUGUGCCGUGGGCUGCUACACUGCACAAAAAUGUUGCAGCAGUGGGAAUGAGAUGAUCUCUCUGGCUAGGAGAUGUUUUGGUUUGUGGGAUAUUUUUUCCCCCUUGGUGUCACAUUGAAAAGCACUUUGAGACAGAAGGAACUGGAGCAAUGCCUUGUCUGAGGUUGUCUUGCAUUUCAAAGCAGAGAACAAUUUGUGAAGGAAAAUGAAGUCACUCCGUUAGCAGGUUGCACCCUGCUCUUUCAUAAAGGAAAAUAAACAUUUGCUAUUAACCUCUACAA